CUUUCUGUCCACUUUAGUACACGUUUCACGUUUUAUAGAAAAUACAUUGUAUCCCCACCUUUUUUUUUUUAUAGUGUCAGUGGAUGUGUGACAACAACAUUAUAGUCACGGCUGUUUCAGAAACCACUGCCACUUUUUACCUUCAACUUUGCCCCGGAAAUGUUUUGGGAUUUAUUGCGAGCCUUUUUUGAUGGCCUUUAUGUUCAUACUAGUUGCUAGCGUAUGCAAAAUCAGAACGUCAAUGGCCGAUAAAAUACUCUAGUUCACUGAUCAAUGAAGCCGUUGGUCAGCGAUGGCUGUCGUGUCAUGGAUGGAGAUCUUGCUUUUGACUGGACUGGUGGUGGGGUGUUACUGGAACAGCCUGUCCUGCGGCUUUGUGUUCGACGAUGUCUCGGCCAUCCUGGACAACAAGGACCUGCGGCCCGUCACCCCUCUCUGCAACCUCUUCCUCAAUGACUUCUGGGGCACGCCCAUGGCUGAGGAGCGGAGCCACAAGUCCUACCGGCCCCUGACAGUGCUCACCUUCCGUCUGAACUAUCAAUUCAGUGAGCUGAGUUCUGCAUCCUACCACCUGCUCAACGUGGGGCUGCAUUCUGUGGUGUGUGUUCUCUUUCUGAGGUUCUGCCGGCUGUUCCUGGACAAGACCUCCAGCUUGGUGGCGGCCCUGCUGUUCGCUGUUCACCCCAUCCACACAGAGGCCGUGACAGGUGUCGUAGGAAGAGCGGAGCUCCUGUCCUCCAUCUUCCUCCUGGCUGCGUUCCUGGCCUACACCAGAUCUAAUGGAGCCGAUCAAUCCAUCGUGUGGACUCCCAUUGCUGUGACUGUGGUUCUGGUGGCUGCAGCCACUUUAUGCAAGGAGCAAGGCAUCACAGUCAUCGCCAUCUGCUGUGUCCACGAGGUGUUUGUUGCACAAGGGUUUACACUGCCCGUGCUGUUGGAUACUCUCCUCCAGGUGCUGAGGGGUAAAGAUGGUUUCCCCUAUGCUGUCCUGCAGACGCUCCUUAAGCUCAUCGUCCUCAUCAUCAGCACCUUGCUGCUGGUCAUCAUCAGGGUCCAGGUCAUCCAAUCACAGCUUCCUGUGUUUACCAGGUUUGACAACCCCGCGGCUGUCAGCCCUACUCCGGUCAGGCAGUUGACCUUCAACUACCUGUUGCCAUUGAAUGCCUGGCUCCUUCUGAACCCCUCGGAGCUGUGCUGUGAUUGGACCAUGGGGACCAUCCCACUGGUGGAGAGCCCUCUGGACCUGAGGAACCUGGCCACCCUGGCCUUCUACAGCCUGCUGAGCCUGCUGGCAUACCACAGCCUGCGCCACUCACACUCCUCCGCCAAGACCGUCCUCAUGGCCCUGUCUUUGAUCGUGCUUCCCUUCAUCCCGGCCUCCAACCUCUUCUUCCCCGUGGGCUUUGUGGUGGCAGAGAGGGUGCUCUAUGUGCCCAGUAUGGGAUUCUGUGUCCUCGUGGCACACGGCUUCAGGAUUGUCUCCCAUAAGAGACACUUGAGGAAGAUCUCCUGGCUGAUGAUUGGAGUGCUCCUCGCCACACACGCAGUCAAGACCUUCAACAGAAACUGGGACUGGGAAUCUGAAUAUACACUGUUUACCUCAGCCCUGAAAGUCAACAAGAACAACGCCAAGCUAUGGAAUAAUGUUGGUCAUGCUCUGGAAAAUCAAAACGAUUAUGAAAAAGCUCUGAGAUAUUUCCUUCAGGCCACCCGGGUCCAACCAGAUGACAUCGGAGCCCAUAUGAAUGUGGGAAGGACCUACAAGAACCUGAACAAGUCCAAGGAGGCUGAGGACGCCUACCUGGUUGCCAAAUCCCUCAUGCCACAGAUCAUUCCAGGGAAGAAGUACGCCACCCGCGUGGCGCCCAACCACCUGAACGUGUACAUUAACCUGGCCAACCUGAUCCGUACCAACGACUCACGGCUGGAGGAGGCUGACCAGCUCUACAGACAGGCCAUCAGCAUGAGGCCCGACUUCAAACAAGCCUAUAUCAGCAGAGGGGAGCUGCUGCUGAAGAUGAACAAGCCGUUGGAGGCCAGGGACGCCUACCUGCGGGCCCUGGACCUGGACAGCACCAACGCUGACCUCUGGUACAACCUGGCUAUCGUCAACAUCGAGAUGAAGGAACCCUCGGAGGCCCUGAAGAACUUCAACCACGCCCUGGAGAUCAACCCACGCCACAAACUGGCCCUCUUCAACUCUGCCCUGCUCAUGCAGGAAUCUGGUGAACCCAGGUUCCGUCCGGAGGCCAAUCGUCGUUUCCUGACCUACGUCCAGGAGGAGCCAGACGACGCCAAUGGCUACUUCAACCUGGGCAUGCUGGCCAUGGAUGCCAACGAGAACACUGCGGCCGAGCGCUGGAUGAGGGAGGCCAUCCGUCUACAGACAGGCUUCCGUAGCGCCCUCUUCAACCUGGCCCUGCUCUACUCGCAGUCCCGACGGGAGCUGGAUGCCUUGCCUGUAUUAGACGAGCUGCUGCGCCACCACCCAGAGCAUGUUAAAGGUUUGAUUCUCAAGGGGGAUAUCCUGAUGAACCACAAGAAGGACACCCAGGGAGCCAAGGUCUGCUUCCAGAGGAUCCUCCGUAUGGACCCCACCAACGUGCAGGGGAAACACAACCUGUGUGUGGUCUACUUCGAGGAGCGAGAUCUGCCGAGAGCGGAGCGCUGCCUGGAGGAGACGCUGGCCCUGGCACCCCACGAGGAGUAUGUGCGUCGCCACCUGGGCAUCGUGCGCAGUAAGAUGGCCGCCAUGUCCGUGGCAGGGCAGCCGCUGAGCCCAGCGCCAGAAGAGGGAGCAGCUACGCCAGCCACGGAGGAGGAAAAGAAGGGGGGAAGAGGAAAGGAAGAGGAGGAGGAAGGAAAGGGAGCCACCGGCAGCGCUGGGGUUGGGGAGGGGGCCGGGAAUAAGAAGAAUGUGCGGAAAUCCUUCUCGGCAGAAAGCCUCGGCGGCGGCGACAGCCAAUCAGAGCUUCUGGACGACGGCCAGGCUGACAAGCAGCAGCGGACUAAGAGCAAAUCCACAAAAGAGAUUAAAGACAUAGAAAAGAAACGGGCGGCCGCCUUGAAGAGACUGGAGGAGAUUGAGCACAUAUUAAGCGGUGAUUAACCUUGUUGUUAUUUACCACAGCGCAGGACUACUUUUUGUACAGCUAUUACAGCUCCUGAAUCACAGACGUGAUGCGUCCCAAAUGGCACCCUAUUCCCUAUAUCAGCAGGCAAGGCCCUUUGCACCACUUUUGACCAGGGCCCAUAGGGUAGUAGCCCAUAGUAGUGCACUAUAUAAUAUAAUGAAUAGGUUGGCAUUUUGGACACAGACAAAAACCUGUUUGGUUUUCAUAAACAAACGCCCUCCUCACUUCAUCAUGCAUGCUUUAACUCCUUGGUUAUUGUUUGUUUUGUUUAUCAUGCUUACCGGCUGCCCGGCCUGCUGCGUCCCUUUAUUUUAACACCAUUGUGAAAAACAAAAAGGGAAUAGUGGUGUGUUUUUUCUCUGCACAGCACCAUAAAAGAACAGUGUGUAGUUUUUUUAUAUCUUCGCUACAAAUGCAAAACCAUGUGUUGCUUUUUCUGAAUGCCAUUUUAUCGUAUGCUAAUUAUUUAUGCUUGUUUGAUUUUCUAUGUAUACUAGCCAACUUGUUGAUCACUGGAUUUGAUUGUAUUUCUAUGUGUGACUCACUCACUGUUGUGCAUAGACAAGUAUUGUAUAUUUUUUUAAGGAAUGAUUGCAUCACAAACAAUUAAAGGAAAUGACGUAAAGGACACUACAUGGCCCAGUUCAGGCAA